AGAGAGAGAGAGAGAGGAGAGAUUCGUCAGCUCUCUGCUUCUCUCGCGGUGUAGCCGCAGUGCGGCUUCCGUGACUGUUUUUAUCGAUGAUAUGGCGUCUAUAAUCAAAGACACGGGCGAGAUUUGGAGCCGAUUAUUCGAUCAUCGUCCGUUCGUCCAAGGAGAAAUUACGUUCUUCUUGCGGGAGUUUCAGGACAAGAGGAACGAUAGAGAGGUGGAACGUCUUUUUAAGAUACUCGAAUAUGCGACGGAAUUGAAAGAGAGCCAAUUGGAUCGCACGGAGCAACUUGGGGAUUGCCAUUUGCCUAGUCUGAAGGCCAACGUGGACGUUGCGCUGAGCAUGUGUAAUCGUGUUUUGCAGAGAGAAGAAGAUUUCGACAGUGACAGCGCUUUGAACGGCAACAGAUUGAUCAGGAGAAACGAGUGGGAGAAAUUUGUGAAUGAUAUGAGUGAUAAGUGUCAGAAGGUGGAUCGAACCUUCCAAGAGAAAGAAAACGAAAUACAGGAGUUCUAUGUUGACUUGGAGAAGAAAUUGCACAUCACAGCAUAGGGCGACACAUUUUGAAAUCGGUUUCUCAGUAUUCGACUACAUCUUUUCCUAGCAUUAAUCUGAUUAGUGAAAUUUUCUUUGGAAAAGCUUACAGA